AUGACCUCCAGCCCGGCUGAUAUCGAUCAAUGGUUCCAGGGCCAGGUUGUGUUCCUCACUGGAGGCACCGGGACCUUAGGAGGCUGUCUCCUGUACAAGCUUGCCUUGCAGCUUCCCACCAGGCGGAUAUUCGUACUCUGUCGAGGAUCGGUCUAUCAAGCCAUCAGUAAGCUCGAGAACUCAAUGCCAGAACAAAUGGACGAUAUCCUCGAAACGCAAAAAGUUUGCUUUGUUGUCGGUGACAUCACAAAGCCCAAUUUGGGACUUCAAAAGUCUGAUCUGUUGCAACUGCAAACCCAAGUGACUGUGGUGAUUAACAGUGCCGGGAAUGUAUCAUUGCUACAAGAUCUACGUGGGUCUAUUUCUGAUAAUUGCGUCCCUCACAUGGCGCUGAUGAACAUGUGUGCUCAAUUUACGGGAAUCAAAAUAUUUUUACAUAUCUCCAGUGCGUUUGUCAACAGUUUCCUCCCCGGGGGUGACGUCGGGGAGCAAGUCUACAACGCUUAUGGCGAUGCAACCGAUGCAACCGAUGCACACAAGGACCUUCAAGCCAUCCUUUCGACAGGGUCGUCCAAUCUCAACUCGCCAUUUGUCGCCCCAUAUGCACAUGCCAAAUACAUCGCCGAGCGUCUAAUGCUCGAAACAGCGCCGUUGCCUCUUCUUGUCGUUCGCCCUUCGAACAUUGGCCCAGCCAUUCGUGACCCCGCCCCUCUCUACGGAAUUCACAUGGUUAUUCCCAUACAUACUUAUGUGCAAUGCUUCUUAAGCAGUUCUACACACGCGCAAAGCAUACUCAAUGACAAAUUGUCAGCCCAGAAUAUCCUCGACGAGGUACCCGUCGACCUCGUCGCCAAUACAUGUCUCCUUCAUCUGGCGAUUGGAACAACCGGGGUCGUUCACUCGGCUGCAGAUCUCUACGUGCCUAGAACCCUUGAGGAUUUUAGACGCAAGUCCUCGGAGACUUUGCCGGCGAAUCUCAUGGAAAGGCUACAUAAGCUAGAUGUUGGCGAAACACCUGAGUUUGUGUCGCACUUGGCGCACACUUUUACCUGCUUCUUUCGCAACUGGAAAUUUGAGUGCAAGAGGUCUGACAUCUUGCGCGACAUUCGAGGGCCCCUGGCAUUGAGGAUUGAAAAUCAUGACCCCGAGGAAUUUCUGGAAUUACGGAUCCAUCGCGUAGCGCAGAUGUUUCUUGAUAGUGUGACAAAUAUGACUUUGGCGUAUAGUUCACGCUGA